AUGAAGGGGUGCAAGUUCUCAUCUGGCAAGUUCUCAUCGGCACGCCCUGGAACCUCUAUUGUGAGCUUGCCGUUGGGGUCAAUCGUUCAGAAAACCAUACGAGAUUCAACUUACAUCAUCCUUCUCGUCUGGGAUGUUGUUUUCCAUCGUGAUAUAUACUUCCCGAAAGAGAGUACGCCACAGUGGGAGCCGGAUACAAGUGACCAAGUUGCAAGCACUCACAAGUGCGAGGAAGUGGCGAGGAGUCUGCAACACCAGAAUGUACCUUCGAAGGCGGAGUCUCCACCUCUUCGGCACCAGAGCAUCGAAGUAAUUGCCGCCGAUCAGUCUUUGAGGAUCAAAAUGAUCGAGCGUCGCAAGAAGACGAACAAACUUGCAUUGUUUGCAGGAAAGAUAUCAAGAAAUUCAGCGCAUCACGGUUUGGCUCGUGACAGGCACUGCAAGAUAUUCAACCGUGUCGAUCAUGAAGCAGCAACCGUACACAACUUCAUGUCACAACCUUUGAGAAGCGCUUGCGUCAAUUAUGAGACGAGCACACAUCUCAUGUACGUAGAUGGAGGUCACAAAACUCUGCCGAAUUUUCACAAGAUGACAAGGAUCAAUCUGCCUUUUCCAGAGCCAAAGCCCAAAUGCAAUCCAAUGACGACCGUAGAUACGCAAACAGUUGAAACGGACAGCUUGACGUCAAUACUCCUCACAGAUCGCGCCCGUGGUCCUUCAAUUGAAGCCCUUUCACAUCGUCCACAACCUUCUCAACGUGCCGAGCGACUCUUGCAGCUUCAACGCGCAUCGCGCAAUGUUCUGGACAGUCGCUUCUGCCGAUGAUCAACGAGCUUGCAUCUUGUAUCCUGUCUGCGGCCACCCUCAACGAGACAUUCGUUGUGGCGUACCUUCCAGUUCGGACGAGACAGUCCAUGAGGAAGUCAACAUACGUUGUCAUCCGCGCCUUUUUAUCGCAGCGAAGAAACCCAAUUUCUUUGUUCCGGCAU